CUCCGCGCCACACCGAAGCAGAACCAUUGGUUUCAAUCAGUGUCUACAAUAAAUCAAUUAGGCCAUCAUUCUCAACUGCCUCAGUCAAUCACUCCAACAAACACCCAAAAAUAAAAAUAAAAAUAAAAACCAAAUCCUCACUCAAAAAAACCUAAAAUCAGCGACUCAAUUGAUGGCGUAUGGAAGAUACCAAUCGCCAAGUUCAUCAAUUCUGGAUGCGUUCUCGCUGAAUCCGGUGCCGUACCCGGUGCUGCUGAUUCUGGCGGUGGUGUCGCUCUUCCUCGGCUUCCAAUGGUACGUGUCCUACGAGGACGUGGUGGAGGCGACGGAGGAGAGCAUGGGGUGGGUGCUGAUGGCGGCGCCGCUGCUGCUGCUGCUCGCCGUGCGGUGGAUGUCGGACCGGGAGUACCCCGGGGGUCUUAUAUUCGGAUCCACGCCGUUUGAUCGGCGGAGGAGGGAGUAUUACCUGUCGGCGGCGGGGGAGGGGGCGUCGCCGUGGGGAGUGCUGGCGGUGAUCGUGCUGGUGCUGGUGCUGGUGCAGUUUCAGUCUACUUUUCUCGACAGCUGGUUUGGAUGAGAUUAUUUUUAAAACAAGUUUCUCCGAUUGCUCUUUUUGUGUGUGUGUGUGUUUGUAUAUAGUGAUUAGUGAAUAGUGAGUGUGUUUUCAUUUUCGUUGCUGUGUUUUUUGCUUUUAAGUUAAUUAGUACUGUAGUUUUACCUAUAUUUACGAGGAUACAAUUUAGAGUAGUAGCUCCUUAAAUAA